UGUUAUACAACGGGAUGAUAAUUGAGACUAUAGCAAACCCAUCGCGAUAGUAUAAAUGGUCACGAAAAUAAACCGCAAAAAGGGACACUCCAAUUAUACAAACGUAACGUCAUAACUAAGAGGAUGAUUAAAGCCGUGCAACUGCUGCGGGUGAAAUCGCCCUCGCGUAAGACGAAGUCGUAUGACUUUGUUGGUAGAUUCAACAAAGCGAACAAUGCGGCUUAUUUCACGGUAUAUUACGUAUCGGAUUUCGGGGUUGACACAACAUCAAACCCUUUUGUAUUAACCAACACUCCGAAUUGGUUGUGCUGGUCUGAUGGAAUAUAAGAAAUGCGAUAAACCGUCUUGAUAUCUCACUUGCCUCUUCAUAGUCAUCUAUUGUUCACAAAAUGACAUCGCGGCUUAACUCCAUCUUCCGUUCCUUUUCCAACCUCAGUCCACAGAAUCGACGUUUGGCCAUCGCGGCUUCAGCCGGGGUAAUUAUUGGUAUCCCGGUCUUUCGUAUCGCAGCCGAAGACUACCGUGGAUAUCUUGCUCUCGGGCCCGGAGGUCCACCUCACAACCUCAUCGGGUGGAUUGGCCAAAUCCUCCUAAAGCCUCUGAAGAAGGAACCUUUUCAUACGAGCUGCUAUGAUGAGAAAGCGUGUGAGAAGGUGGGCCCUAACGGACACGUCGCUUUCUUGAGUGAGGGUGAUGUUCCUGUUCGUGAAGCACCGAGGCCGACGAUAGGGAAAUGGACGGCCCCGAGUCGACAGUUGACGGAUAUGGCGAAGCAGCCUCUAAUCGAUCGUUACCAAUCAUUCCUCUCAUCUCUAGCAUCAUCACCUUCUGCAAAGCUCAAGAUCGCAACAUCUCUCGCAGAGCGACGAGGCCCAGCCCUCUUUGUAGCUUCCGACAAACCUUCCCACCCUAUAGCAAAGCGCACAGGAGGAGAGAUCGGGCACAUGCAUGGGAGCGAUGGUUCAAUGCAUAUUAAUCUGGCUCCAAAGGAUGCGAAGCUUGUUUUAGAUAGAGGCUGGGGUCAGCGUCACCCGCUGAGUGGUACUGUUCUGUAUUUGGGUAACGUGAUGGUUUAUGCGCCGAGAAAUGAGGAUGAGCUUGAGGUUGUGAAGAAUAUCACGAGAGCAGGUGUGAGGUUUAUGCUUGGUGAAGAGUCUUAGUUCAGAGGAAUGCUCUUGAAAACAUCUGUGUAAUAUCAUGCUCAGAGAUACAUCAGCCAUUAUAUGCAACUGCCAAUUGUGUACCCGCAAGUGAUACAUAUCCAUGGCAGAUCACGACCCCAAAAAUGAUAUAGACGGCGCAAUAAAUCUCAUAACAAAAAACAAGGAACAGACUCAUGAGAUUCAUAAAAAAUGCAAAAAAAGAAACCUAGCAAUUGCACGUU